AUGGCGCGCAACUCGACCGUGUCUGAUCUUUCAGGCAACUGCGUUGCGCCUUUCUUGGAUGCCUCGAAGUUUGGUGACAAUGGAUUUGUAUCCGGACGAUUCUGCGCCACGAUAGGCGAGCUAGCAGCAUCACCAUCAUGCUGUCUACCUUGUCCAGCAACCGAAUGGGCAUACUCUACCAGGUUUCAUACCUACGGCAUCGUCUCAGAAUGGCUCAACGUGGUCGGCCUUAUACUUCUGGUAUUCAUGCUGCUAUCUUAUGCCUUCUUGCCAGCUCAGGAGACACGGAAACACUACCUCAGCGUCUGCUUGGUCAUUGCUCUAGCGAUGAUCGCACUGGGCUUUACCAUACCACUUAGCGCAAAGCCCGAUCAGUGCUAUGAUGAGAUAACACCCAACGACAUGUACUCAUCGCUGGAAUGUGCGUGGUCUGGUGCUUUCAUUAUAGCCGGAGGCCUCACGGCAGGCAUGUGGAUCUUCCUUCGCGCGCUAUCAAUGAACUUGCAGAUCUGCUGGGACAUUGUUCCCGGACGCAAGUUCUUCUAUGCUUCGCAACUAGCUGGCUGGGGCAUUCCAGCGGUUCUCUUCGCUACUACUAUAACGGUGACUGGAGUCAGCUUUCGCUUCGGAUCGGCAUGUCAUGUCAACCACAAGAACUCCAUGGCGGACUUCUGGGGACCUUUGCUGGCCAUGGCAGGUGGCGCCGGGUUGUUGCAGCUCUACACCUUCGGCUACUGUAUUCAUGUCUACCUCAAGAACCUCUGGUCCGACCAGGCCGACAUGUCCACCAAUGCAUCUAGCAACGGUGGUACGUCUCGCGUCGGGAGUGUACGCGCGCAGACUGCUCGGGCCGUCUAUCGCCGCCUCAAGAAGGUAUUGUGGCUACAGUGGCGAGGCAUCUGCAUUGUCAGCAUCAUCCUGAUCGACGUCAUCUUCUUCUCCAUCGUGUUUGUCUAUCUGGACGGCAUGCAGCAGAGCGCCGUGAACGACCUGGUCAGAGUCAGGCCAUGGCUUGUGUGCUUGGCGAUCAACCCUACGGACAAAGACAAAUGUCUCCAUCUCGUGCAAGGUUGGCUGGUCAACGAGUCGGUGGUAGCGGCUGUGUUGUUCAUGCUUGCGCUUGCUGGACUACAGGCCUUCGUCAUGCUGACAAGGCCAACAGUAUUCGUGGCCUGGGUCAACUUCAUUCGAUCGAAGGUCACGAACAAGAGACAGGAGUUCGUGAGCCUCGAUGCGAAACCCGACAUCAUGCGCAGCAACUCCAAGCAUCAGCUCCUGCGCCUACAGCGAGGCCAUCAAGCGACCACGUUCGAGAUACAGGGCAAGCCAGACCAUGUGAUCACGAUGGACGAGCUGGAUAUGAAGACCUUCAGCCCGAUUAACUCACCCGACGAAUCGUACAAAAGUCCGAUCCACGGCUACCGAGACUCACCCUCUCUGGACGAGUCAGGGCCAUGGGACAGCAGUCAGACGAUGUCAUCACAUCAACAAACGGCACGAGGGCAAAUACCAUCACAAUAUGUAGACCGCAUAACACCCUCCCCAGCUGGCAACGGCCCGCCCAGCCCAACUGCUGCAACAUAUUCCUCACGACUCGACGUUCAACGAACACCACAACACAACGACUACUUCGCACAGAACACAAGAGCGAUACCGAGCGAAGGAAGACGCUAUAACGCACCAAACUCAAGCUUCUCAGCACCCAACGCUCCUUCAAGAGCAAGCAGCACGAAAUCCGUAACCUUCGAGCCGAGAGAGUACUACUACACCCACGACCUAACCCUCAGUCCACCCAGCGAAGCAGGCGAAAUCGAAGACAUCUCCUCGCAAGGCUUUCCCAUACGUCGAAACUUCGAGAGGCGGUGA